AUGCGUUCCUUCAAGGCUUCAUCGGCCGUUCGCGUAGCCUCAACCAAGCCAAUUUCGCCGUACCAGAGAGCUCUUUCCACAACAUCAUCUGCACAGUUGUCCUGGCCUACGUCUCACACCAAGAUCAUCAACCCUUCAGCAACACAAAACUUCAUCGACAACACCUUCAGGCCGUCCUCAGCAAGCAACUGGAUCGAUGUCCACGACCCAGCCACAAACAAUGUCGUGACACGCGUACCGGAGAGCACGGACGAGGAGCUCAAAGCCGCAGUCGAGAGCGCCCAGCGCGCAUUUCCAACAUGGAGAGCUACGAGCAUUCUGAAGCGCCAGCAAAUUAUGUUCAACUUUGUAAACUUGAUUCGAAGAGAUUGGGAUCGUCUUGCCGCAUCCAUCACGCUUGAACAGGGCAAGACUUUUGCCGAUGCACGAGGCGACGUUCUACGCGGUCUGCAAGUUGCCGAGACCGCGUGCGGAAUCACGACACAAAUCACUGGUGAUGUUCUAGAGGUAGCUAAAGACAUGGAGACACGAAGCUACCGCGAGCCUCUAGGUGUUGUUGCCGCUAUAUGUCCUUUCAACUUCCCUGCCAUGAUCCCUCUUUGGUCAAUUCCAAUUGCUACGAUUACUGGCAAUACGCUGGUCCUCAAACCAUCCGAACGAGACCCCGGUGCAGCUAUGAUUCUGGCAGAAUUGGCUAAGGAAGCUGGAUUCCCCGACGGUGUUAUCAACAUCAUUCAUGGCACGCACCGCGCAGUCAACUUCAUUCUUGACGAGCCGGCAAUCAAGGCCAUUAGCUUUGUUGGUGGAAAUAAGGCCGGCGAAUACAUCUACACUCGUGGAUCAGCCAACGGAAAGAGAGUGCAGGCCAACCUCGGUGCAAAGAACCAUGCUGUUGUUCUAUCCGAUAGCAAUAAGCAACUAACUAUCAAUGCAAUCUCCGGUGCUGCAUUCGGCGCAGCGGGUCAGCGUUGUAUGGCGCUCUCUGCUCUGGUUCUCACUGGCCGCGAGACACACUCUUGGAUUGACGACCUUGUCGAGAAUGCAAAACAGCUCAAGGUUGACGGCGGUUUCGAAGACGGCGCUGACCUAGGCCCGGUAAUUAGCCCUCAAAGUCUUGUCAGGAUAGAAGCUCUCAUCGAGAGCGCAGAGCAAGAAGGUGCCAAAAUUGUAUUGGAUGGCCGCGGCUAUCGCCCCAGCAAGUAUCCUAAUGGCAACUUCCUAGGUCCCACCAUCAUUAGUGGUGUGAAGCCUCACAUGAAGUGCUACAAGGAGGAGAUUUUCGGGCCGGUCUUGGUUUGUCUGGAGGCGGAGACCUUGGCCGAAGCCACUCAGCUUGUCAAUGACAAUCCCUACGGCAAUGGCGUUGCUCUUUUCACCAACUCCGGAGCUGCUGCUUCUUGGUUUCAGAAGAACAUAGAGGCUGGGCAGCUUGGCAUCAAUGUUCCGAUCCCAGUGCCGCUGCCUAUGUUCAGCUUCACAGGAAACAAGGCAAGCAUCGCGGGCGGUGGCGUCAACACUUUCUACGGCAAAGCAGGCUUGAACUUCUAUUUGCAGACCAAAACGGUCACCAGUCUUUGGAAAUUGGAAGAUGAGGAGGCGAGUAAGGCAAGCGUGGUGAUGCCGACCCAAAAUUAG